CUUUGCGGAAGAAGAAGAAGAGCGUUUUCUGUUCGCACACGGAAGCACAGCAGGAUUUAAAGCAAAACCUCCAAACUGUCACUAUAGAUCCGUCUAAAGGGAUUGUUCCGUUGGCUCAAAGAAGAUUACAUCGAUUGGGGUUUUGUGUUUCGGUGUUUUGCGCAGACACGAUGAAGACGGCUUUCCUGGUGCUCGCCACAUUUCUGUGUGUCAUCUCGUGCGGAGUACAAUCAUCUAAUGAUUCUUUGAAAAGUGGAAAAGAUGAGAAAGAGCAGUCCGGUCCAACUGCAGCAUCCAUCACAAAGAAUAUAACGGCGGGGGGAACUCCGGUGAAGCCUACAGCAACGCAAAAUACCAUGGUGUCAAGUGGGAACAAACAGGAAGAGACGACGCCCCACACUGAGACGGAGAAUGUGCACAAAACGGCAAAUGCGCCGACCAAGGAGCAGCAAAGUGUAACUGAAAAAGAGAAAGACCAAUCCGUUAAUAAUGUAAUAACUCCUGCAGAGUCUGAAAGCAAAGGCAAGGAGCAAAGGGGGCCAGAGGUUCCCCAGACAGAUGAUCUAGAGUCAACAACUCGAUCAGAAAGAGAGAACGGCAAAAAUCCAGAUGUGAUUCUGAAAAGAAAUGACAAGGAAGAAAGCAGUCAUUUCUUUGUCUACCUGGUGUCCUCGGCGUUGCUGGUAGCAGUGAUUUACAUCGCUUACCACAACAAGCGCAAGAUAAUUGCUUUCUUUUUGGAAGGAAAGAAAUCCAGAUCCACACGCCGCCCUAAAUCCACAGAAUAUCAGAAGCUGGAACAGCAUAUGUAACCUGAAAUCAUUCAAGCUGAAUAAAUCAAGCUGCCGAAUACACCGGGUAGUUGUAAAUGGACGCUGCCGUUAGGUAUCUUCCUGAUUUACUCUGCAUUGAUGUUACCUUUUUGUUGAUUGGACAUUCUUCUAUUUCAUAACUUUUUUUAGAUGCUUAUCGUAGGACUAUGCAGCCGACAGAGUUGCCUUUAAAGAGGAAAAUAUUUAAGGUAAAAUAAGCAUGACAUUUUUGCACAUGUGUCGUUUUUCCACUUGUGCGGUACUCUUGGAAUUUGACCUGACUAAGGUCCGGACUCAGGAUGUUUCAGUAGCAGAAUAAAAUGAUGAAAACACUAUUGAUUGCACUGCACUAAUAUAAGCCAUGCUGUUCUUUGUAAAAUAUUGUGUACAAUUUCUUCAAGUUGGUUUUAAAUUGUGUUUUUAUUAAUUCUAUUGAGGAUUUGGAUGCGCUAAUGUAGUCCAAUGGGGUAUCUGCUCAUGCUCAUAACUAAUGUGACUGUAGUGACCUUUUGUUUUCCAAAUGAGAUGCUAGAAAAGUGCUCACCCACUUUAACUGCCACUUAAACAUAUAAAUAACGUGUAUGAGUACCAUUAAUAUUUCUGCUAAAAAUGAGCAUAAAAGGUCAAUGUAAGGGGUUCGGAGUAGUAACUCCGUAUUAGCUGCUGCUCAGCACUGCCCCCCAGAGGCAGGGAUCGCUGAUUACGCCGUUAAGUUUGGUGUAUUUGUUGAAGCAUAGGACCCCCUCCAUCGUCAAUAGAAAGGCUCCCAGUCUCCUGUUUAGCUCCUUAAGGUUACAGCGAGCUGCCGGUAGGAGUGACUUACAAAAAGUACUCGAAAUAAGCAAACAGCUAGCGUGACUCAGGAGACAUUUGGACUAACAGCAGACACUAACACACUCCCCAUUUAACUCUUUGGAAGAAUAAAUAAGUACACCUCCCAAAAAAAGCUGAUAUAACUGAAAGAUAAAUAUAAACUGCUGUCAAGGCGUUUGUUUCAUGUGCAAAGGCCUCCUAAUUUAUCCAGUUAAAAAUGUUCUUUAAGGUGUGACUGGCAUUAAAAUGUUGUUCAUGUAACCUGCCGGUCUGGUUUCUGUAUGGCUUCUUCUUUUGGAUGAACGUAUCCUACUCUGUCCACUUGUUACUGUGCAUUUAAACUCAGUCUUGACAUGUUGCCCUGAAAUCAGUUCUGUAAGCUGCAGCUGGCCAUGAGCUGCACUGCUUUACAAUGCAUGGAGGAAACGACUGAUGGGCCACUAAUACAAUAGAUUGAAUAUUUCCUUUAGCGUAGAUGUGUGUAUUUAGUUGACAGACUUGUGCCAAAUUGUGAAUUUUACUGGGAUUUUAUGUCUGGUUUUGUAUUGUGCCUGUUUCCUAAAUUAACGUUCUUAACAAUAAAAAAUUGUACUGGC